AGUUUUAUAGAGUAGAUUCUUCGGAAUAUCUACAAUAAUUAGUAUUUUGUUAUUCGCCAAAGAAUAGCAUUUAGGGUAUUAAGAUCUUUAGAGAUUCCAGCAAUAAAACCAUGUUACAAACCACAAUUGAAAAGAACAUCAUGAAUAUCUUCUUCAAACAUAUUUCAAAGCAAAUCUUCCCAUGGUAUUAUAAACUCUCUAACGAUACACUUUCGUUCUAUGUUUCUCCCUUUUCGCAGUUAAUGAUAGGCACGACCGCUACGUUUGUGAACGGUCUGCUGCUGGGAGACACCUGCCAGCACGACAUGGACUGUUCCGACAGCGUCAAGGGCAGCUACUGCACGCUGGAGGGCAUCUGCGAGUGCAGUCCAUUCUACGUGCGACUGAACGAGUCUUCCUGUCUGCCGUCUCAACUGCUCGAGAGUGAGUGUAGCCUGUCGGAGCAGUGUUCGAUGCGUGUGGCUAACAGUAGCUGUAUCGGUGGACGCUGCCAGUGCGAUGGUGGUUUCCUACAAUUCCGCAAACAUACCUGUCUCUCGCCCGCCCAGCCGGGUACGGUUUGCUACAGUCACGCACAUUGCCGCAUGUGGGACACGGAAAGUCACUGUGACUUCCUAAUCCCGAACCUGUUCGGUCGCUGUCAGUGCACAUCGCCCGCACGCCAAAAUGGGCCGACCUGUGUAACCGAACCCGUGACGAUGGCUGUCCCGGAGGAGGAACUGCCCGCUUUCACCAAGCCACAACAACAAAGUCCCGCCGAAGGCAGUGAAAAGGAAGAGAACCAGCUAGGUUCGAUCGAUCGGAUGUCUACCACGACGGAGGAUGAUGUGAUCGUGGUGGAUAACAUUGUGCAGCGUGAUGAUGCUCAGGAUGAACAGAUGGCUUCGGCUGAGGAGCAUAUUACCACCGAGUAUCAGUCUCCGGUUUCGGAAGAGGAUGGUAUCAGUACGACGGAUUUCAUCGAGAUUACGAGCAGUAGCUAUCCGGAAGGGAACCGUGUAACGACCACUAGUGGUAUGGAGCAGUACGAAAACACGGACGAGUACUCGAACCUUGAGAAGGAAAUUGAGGAACAGUUCAAACAGCAAGAACUUGCCGAUGCCCUAUCGACGACGACGGCUGGUGCAUGGGCUACGGAAAUUGCGGAAGCCAUCACCACACAGGAACGGGAGCAGGAUCCGUUGGAGAAGAGUGACUCGUCGACCCAGAUGACAAUCGAAAUACUGUCACCCGCAACUGGUGCUGCAACGACCGAUCGUAGUGAGACGACAACGGUCAACAACAAUUAUGAACCAACAACAACCGAACUUGAGUUCGACACCGAACCAAGUGACGUGGAAAACGAGGUAGAGAUUGUGGCAUAUGAUCGUACGAUGACACCCGAAGCUGACAAUACACAGCAAGCGGCAUCAUUAAUGCAGCAGGAAACCACCAUCACUGCGGCAGGCACCGAACGCACCGAAGAAACAACGUUACCAUCUGCCACCGAACACUCCACCGAACACACGGAACCGAACGAUGCUAAGGAGAUGACAACGACAGAGUUUAUUGAGCAGUACCAUGAUGUGCAGGUGCGCCGCCAAGACUCCAAACUGUUCGACGAAGAUGAGGUGGACGAGCUGGUUGAGAAGAGCUCCAGCAAGGAUCGAUUCGAAGCGCGCGAAACGACAAGACAUUCCCAGCGUGAUAACGAAAUCAUUGACACACAAUCGCUGGACACGACGACGGAAACGCUCGUACGAUUGGCUAGCCGCACGACAGCAAUGGAACCGGAAGCACCACUCUCUACUACAACCGUUGCUACAUCGACUGCAAGAAUACGCACCCGAGUUGAUCUGGGAGAUGGUCCAGUCUCGUUGGGAUUAACCUGUGCCAACAGUGAACAGUGCCAACUAGCCGAUCCCUACAGCUACUGUAACGAUGAGGGACGUUGCGAUUGUUCCUACCGUACGCCGGAUGAUUCUUGCCGGGCUACCAACACCGGUUGCUCCCGAGGAACGUUCCAGUGCCGCUCGAGUGGAAUCUGUAUCAGCUGGUUCUUUGUCUGUGAUGGACGUCCGGAUUGCAGUGAUGCUUCGGAUGAAGAGUGUAACUUUUCGCCAAAAUCAAACACCACAAUGCAACGCUCCAACAACUGUCCCGAGCUAUCGUUCCGGUGUGAGAAAAGUGGUCGCUGUAUAUCGCGGGCCGGUAUCUGCGACGGAAAGGCACAGUGUCCGCACGGCGAGGAUGAGGUCGGUUGUGAUUUCCGCAAGUCGCGCAAAUGUCCGGAACACACGUUCAUGUGCCGCAGCGGUGAAUGUUUGCCGGAGUACGAGUACUGUAAUGCGAUCGUUUCCUGUCGGGAUGGAAGCGAUGAACCACCGCAUCUGUGCGGUUCGCGGGCAGUGCCGAAUUUCUUCGUCAAGCUGCUGAGUGGUCCAACGGCGCGGGGUCGUAACUAUUGUCCGAUGCGUUGCGGUAACGGACGUUGCCGAUCGACGGCCAUCGUAUGCUCGGGACGUGAUGGAUGCGGUGAUGGCAGCGAUGAGGAUCGGUGUUCCGUCUGUCGAUGCCCUGCACCUGCCUACAAUAACGUUUUGGCACCGAUCGUACCGGCCGUCAUGUCGAAGCCAAGGAGUAGAACGAGCCGCAUUACUGGUGGACACUGGUCACGAACUUAAGUGCGGGGCUAGACACCGUCCGGGUGGGCCAACCGGAAGUGGGUACCAUUAAAGGAACUGUGUAGGCUCGCUCGCGCCAUAAGGUUCGCGUUGUUUUCUUUCUCUCUCCCUCUCUCUCUAAGUUCCACAUUUCUUACUUUUAAAUGUCGCCCAGGGUUUGUUUCAUGUACUACACACGUCGUCCCGUGGGUUGUACUGGCGUGCGUGGUUAUA